GUUGUGUCGGCUGAUUCCUUGUAGCUUUACCAUGUCUGGACGUGGCAAGCAGGGCGGGAAGGCUCGCGCCAAGGCCAAGACCCGCUCCUCCCGGGCCGGCCUGCAGUUCCCCGUGGGUCGUGUGCACCGUCUCCUCCGCAAGGGCAACUACGCGGAGCGGGUGGGCGCCGGCGCCCCGGUGUACCUGGCGGCCGUGCUGGAGUACCUGACGGCCGAGAUCCUGGAGCUGGCUGGCAACGCGGCCCGCGACAACAAGAAGACGCGCAUCAUCCCGCGCCACCUGCAGCUGGCCAUCCGCAACGACGAGGAGCUCAACAAGCUGCUGGGACGCGUGACGAUCGCGCAGGGCGGCGUCUUGCCCAACAUCCAGGCGGUGCUGCUGCCCAAGAAGACUGAGAGCCACCACAAGGCCAAGGGAAAGUAAUUUGACAACCAUCAGAACUUCCGGAAGCUUCAGACCCAAAGGCUCUUUUCAGAGCCCCCACGUUUUCAAAGAAAGAGUUGAACAAACUGCAGAAGUAGAGCCUCCUAGAAUGUAACUAGAUAAAUAAGGACAUAUAAAAAGCCAAACGUACCUUCCACAACUAUUAGUUCUCACCAGGUAAUAGAGAGUGGUAUCCAUCUUAACUAUUAACCUACAGCCUAAGGUAUUCAAUGGGUACUAUUGAAUUUACUUCUAUUUCUCAGUUUACAAACAGCCGAUGAGAUGUGAGACCUCCACAAAACAACGGAAAUGGAGGUUAUCUGAAACCUUAGGGAAACUCCUAACUCUAGAGCUCUCAGUCUCACCAACUUUUUCCUCUGGACAGCAUGAACCACAAACACUCCACUAAAGCACUGAGGGUGUGACCAUUAAGUCCCCACAAUUCAAAUUCACGUAUGUAGUAGCUGUGGAUUAGGUGUGAUUUUGGUUUUUGUUUUAUUUUGGGGAGGUUGUUUUUCUUUUCCUUUUUCGAGUCAUGGUUUCUCAGAAUCCCUCGUAGCCCAAGCAGGUCUCAAACUCAGAGAUUUGCCUGCCUCCACCUUCUGAGUGCAGAGAUUAAGGCUUGGGACACCAUGCCGGAUUUAGUAAUGUUUCUUAAUCCAAGCAAAGCCUGUCCUUGUGGUCUUGAGAUACUGACAAAUGUAUGAGGACCUAGACAACCUCUUAUUCAUUCCUUAGCAGACAUUCUAAAAGGAAAAUAAUUGGGUGCCCAGGAGCUUUGAAGAUAGGGCAGAGGAAAAACAAUCACCUUGAUUGUAAGAAUUUCCUGUGUGUGGCCAUACUACUCUAAACAUCCCUAAUUUCAAUAGCUAAGCAAGGUCAUGCCUGGUUAGUGCUGGGAUGGGAAACCACCUGUCGAUACUAGUGCUCUAGGUUUGAAAAAGAGAGAAAAGAAAAAUAAUUUUCUGAGGUGUUUGGUUUUGAGUGAGAACCAGUCUCACGCAAUCCAAGAAGCCUGAGUGCUACCUACAUAACCCAGGCUGGUCUUGAGCUCCUGAGUUUACUGCCACCAUUUCUCAAAUGUCAGGAAUACAGAUGCACAUCAAUACACCAGGCUGAGGAAGAAUAGUUCUGUUUGUUUAUGCAGGGCCCAAGGCUGGCCUCAAACUUGCUAGGAAGCUGAGAAUGACCUUGAACUUCUGACCCUCUCAGUUCAAGCUCCUCAGCGCUGAAAUACAGUUGAGCAUCAUCUGCCUGCUUCCAAGGUGUUAAGAGAGGUCCCACAAGCAACUGGGUUCGGGAAAUCUGGUCUCACUGUGCACAGCUGCUACUGUGAGAUGAGGCGUCCAGCUCAGCAGUGAAGGCAUCCUUCAAAUUUGAGAACUGGAUCCUUGGAUCUCACUUCCUUCAUAUGAGCCUUGGAAUCAUUUUCAAAAUCUUGUCAAGUUCCCUUUGAACCCAAAUUUCCCAGAGGUGAAACAGACCUUCAGAUUGUGUGUAAACUCUCCCUGCAUCAGUAUUUCUGUGUCUUUCUGUAUCUUUAUUCACUUUGCUAUGAAAGAAACCAAAACUCUAUAGGGCAUGUCCUGAAGUUAGAACAGCAAGGCUGGUCAAGAUGGCUGGUUAAGCACCACUGUGUGCCAGCCACAUGUGCGCUCCACCAUAUUCAUCCCUGCGAGUCAACAAUCAAGACCCUGUUCCAUUGCUAUUAUAGACAGAGGAAUAGAGCUGAAAGAAGGUGACUAAGUCCCCAGGCUUAUAAAGCCAGCACUCCAAAUGCUUAGUUAUCCUAUAACCAUCCUUGCCUAAGAGAUUAUUAUGAAAAACAUUGAAAUAGCACAAAAUAAGACUUGAUAUUACGGGAGGAUGGUGUUCAGGAGGAAGAGGACCUGUUUCCACAGGAUGAGUUAGGAGAUAAGGUAGCGAGGACUUGAGGUUUGAAUUCUUUGCUUCAGGUUCCCAGAACAAUGUUUGUAUUUGAACAUUUGCUUGUGAAUGGUUACAUCAUGAACAUUGUUAAUCCUUUUAUUUUCAUCUUAAACAAGACCAUAAGGUCAAGGCCUCAACUUGUUAAAUUGUUAAUACUUGGCUAAGAACUACAAAGACGCUUGCUUAAAAAUUACUGAGUGGCAGUUGAAUUGAAUGUAUCAGACACAGUGCAAGCCAGAAGGCAUUUUGUUCUAGACAGUUAGUUUACUACCAGGGAAGACAAUAAGAACACACCAAACUAAAACUCAAAUAGCAUCAUCUUUUCAAGUAGAUCGUGCUUUCUAGUGUUCUGAUCGUGCAGGGAGUUUGUUUGGGGUGCCGCAGGGAGAUACAAGGCUGACAGCUGUACUGCUCUGACUGGAGGGGCAGCUAAGAACAGGCUACAGAACACAGAGCAUCUCGCACAUCUCUGACCCAGCUCAUCUCUGACGUGAUUCUUUAACUUCUGUUUUGCACUCACUAAUUAUAUCGCAGAACCCUGCCUAUCACUGGACAGAAUUCUCUAGAACAUUAAAUGACUGGCAGUUUCAGCUGCCUUUCAGACUUUGAGCAGAUAUUCACCAAUUCUGUCUCAAGGUCUUGGGGACGUCUCUAUACUAGGGCACAUUGAUAAAAGUUAUUUACCCUGGCUUCCUGGUCAGGGAAGAUUCUCAGGCACCAGAGAUAACACUUAUCUUAGGGUUUUACUGAGACAUAAGACUGAGAUGGAGUUAUCAUUUGAUUUUUUUAACACAUCCAGAACAAACAUAAAGCAAAAAUAAAAAGAAACUUUAAUAUGGUAUCACCAAUUGCUCUAUCCCUUUACACUGAAAAAUAAUCUAUGGACAGUAAUAUUCUUUCCCUUCCUCCCUGCCAUCGCCACUCAUUUUUGUGGAUUUUUUUUCUUUGUA